UAGCUUUCUCAAGUCUAGUACCACAUAACCUAUUCAUCAUGGAGCCCGAGACUCGAGCCACUUCCUUUGGGAAGGAUGCCCACAAGACAAAGGACAAUGCCCCCAAGGGCAAGACCAGAAGCAAUUCUCUCUUCACCAUCAGCUCUGGCUUCACCUUUUUUGCUGCCCUUCCUGGAGGAUCCAAUUCAUCGUCUUUCCGGGCGUCCUCUUUCCGAUAAAUACCCAACACCAACUCUUGUUCUGUUACCUGUUUUCUGUCCCUCGUUUAUACCCAGUCCUUUUGUUU